AUGUUGUCUAGGAAGGCUAGUGAAGACUCUCAUGGCCAAGACUCUUCUUACUUCCUAGGAUGGCAAGAGUACGAGAAGAAUCCCUAUCACCCAAUUCAUAAUCCCACGGGAAUCAUUCAGAUGGGACUUGCGGAGAAUCAGCUUUCAUUUGACCUUCUUGAAUCAUGGAUCCAAAGAAAUUCUGAUGCAGUGGAGAUGAAGAAAUUAGAUGGGGCAUCAGUCUUUAAAGAACUCGCUCUAUUCCAGGAUUAUCACGGCUUACCUACUUUCAAAAAUGAACUGGUGAAGUUUAUGGCAAAAAUAAGAGGAAAUGUUAUAAAAUUUGAUUCAGAGAAUCUUGUCCUCGCAGCUGGCGCAACUUCUGCAAAUGAGAUUCUCAUGUUUUGUAUUGCUGAUCCUGGGGAAGCUUUCAUUCUUCCCACACCCUAUUAUCCUGGGUUCGACAGAGAUCUUAAAUGGCGUACAGGUGUUGAAAUUGUUCCAAUGCAUUGUUCAAGUUCAAACGGUUUCAGAAUCACAUCCUCUUGUUUAGAACAAGCCUAUCAACAAGCACAAAACCUUAACCUUAAUGUCAAAGGUGUACUAAUAACCAAUCCUUCAAACCCAUUAGGCAUAACCAUGACCAAAUCAGAACUUCACAAACUAGUAGAUUUUGCAUUAGACAAAAACAUUCACAUAAUAAGCGACGAAAUCUACUCCGGUACUGUCUUCGAUUCACCAAAAUUCGUAAGCAUCAUGGAAGUUAUUAACGAAAGAAUUCACGAAAACGAUGAAAUUUCAAAGCGUGUUCACAUCGUUUAUAGUCUCUCUAAAGACCUCGGUGUACCUGGUUUUCGUGUAGGAAUGAUAUAUUCAAAUAACAAAAUGGUUGUAUCUACAGCUACCAAAAUGUCAAGUUUUGGACUUAUUUCGUCGCAAACUCAAUAUUUGCUAGCAAAUUUACUUGGUGACGAUGAAUUUACUUUUAAAUAUAUGGAUGAGAAUAAGAGGAGAUUAAAGAAACGAAAGCAAAUCCUUGUAACCGGUUUAAGAAAUGCGGGGAUUAGUUGUUUAAAGAGUAAUGCUGGAUUGUUCUGUUGGGUUGAUAUGAGGCAUUUAUUGAGUUCUGCAACUUUUGAGGCAGAGAAUGAGCUUUGGAAAAGGAUUCUUUACCAAAUUGGUUUGAAUAUAUCUCCUGGAUCUUCUUGUCAUUGUUCUGAACCUGGGUGGUUUAGGAUUUGCUUUGCUAAUAUGUCUCAAGAAGCUUUGCAAGUUGCAAUGCGAAGGAUUAAGAUCUUUACAGAUUCAAAUUCAACCAUGUUUUCUAUUAAACAACAACUUGUCACUAGUACUAAACCAAUUAUUAUCACUACGGUAGAAGGGAAAUUACUAAUUGGCUUUUCUAGUUAUCAUGGAAAGAAUAAUCAGAAGCCAAUUAAUAAUUUUUCUUCUAAAAUAAAAAAAUGA